AAAAAAAAAAAAAAAAAUGCUUCACUUCCCACCAUUCCUUCUCCUUCUUAUCCUCAAACUCUCUUCACUUGAACUGAUCAUAUCAUCAAAUUACAGUAAACCAGAUAAGUACUUCAUCAACUGUGGAUCAAAUUCCAACACGAAUAUCUCUGAUGACAGAAUCUUUGUGGGAGAUCCGGACCCUCCAUUCUCUCUAUCAUUUGGAAGAAGCAAAGAUGUCAAGGACACCAACCCUUCAAACAAUACCCCGUCUCUCUAUCGCACGGCAAGAUUCUCCGACCAACCAUUUUCGUAUGAGAUCCAACUCUCCAGCCACAACAAGACAACCAUUUUCGUGGUACGCCUUCAUUUCUUCUCCUUUUCGACUCCGAGGAUCAACCUCUCCGCCGCAGUUUUUGACGUUUCGACUUCAGGGCUUUCGCUGUUGUCCAACUUCAGUGUUGGAAACAGGACUAAUACUGCGCUAAUUGAGGAGUUUCUUGUCACAGUCAAAGAAGGAUUGUUUAGUUUAUGCUUUGUGCCAUCUCAAAAAUUAUCACCUCUUGCUUUUGUGAAUGCAAUAGAAGUGUUUCCUACCCCAGAUAAUUUCAUCUCGGAUUCGGCUUCUUUGGUUACUUCUCUUGCAAGUAAUAGUAGUAAUAAGAGUUACACUGGAUUGCUCUCUUUUGUUUUGCAUCCUGUCCUUAGGAUCAAUGUUGGGGGUUCCAAUAUUACACCAGGAACUGAUACUCUAUGGAGGAGUUGGAUACCAGAUGAUGAUUUUAUAUUCAAUAAAGAAGCUGCAAACAACAGACAAUCCGAUAGCGGAGCACUCUCUUGGCAGGAUGGGAUUACGGAGUACACUGCCCCGGAAAGCGUUUACAGGACGGCCAAAGUGCUGAAUGUGGAUUCUAAUUUCUCCAACAUGAGUUGGGAUUUUCCGGUCAGCAAGACCAUUGCGCGUCACUUGGUUCGCGUCCACUUUUGCGACAUUAUCAGCAAGUCGUCGGCUAACUUCUUGGAGUUCAAUCUCUCUAUCUUGGGAAAAUUCGGGAGGUUGGUGAAUCCGUUUAAUGAAACAAAAGAGAUUAAAAGUCCGUUUUACCAUGAUUUUGUGGUUGAUUCGAAUGGUUCUAGAUUUAUCAAUGUAAGAGUUUCCAAGCUUGGAGACUUUUCGUCUACUGAUUCGAAACCUUUCUUGAACGGAUUGGAGAUUUUCGAGAUGCAGAACAAACCCGGUAUAGUUCUUCGCCAUAAUCAGGUAAAGAAGAAGAACAAAAAUAUGGUAGCUGGUUUAUGUGUUGCUUGUGUAGUUCUUGUGGGCAUAUUAGUCUCGGUUUUUCUACUUUUCAAGCGCAGAAAAGCAAAGCCUGAUAGAACUACUAAGUUAAACCUUAACCUGUUAAUACCUUAUGGUGAUAUUCUGAGAGCAACUAGAAAAUUUGAUGAGAAGUUGGUGGUUGGAGAAGGUGGUUUUGGGAAAGUUUACAAAGGAAAUCUUAAAGGCAAGAACGUCGCAGUGAAACGGGGUGAAAGGGGGCAUGGAACUGUGAAACGAGGGGAAUUGGAUCAAGGACAAGGUCUUCAUGAAUUCGAAUCGGAGAUCAGGGUGUUGUCUCAAAUCCGUCACAAACAUCUUGUUUCCUUAAUUGGGUAUUGUGAUGAUAAGUGUGAAAUGAUAAUUGUGUACGAGUUCAUGGAAAUGGGGACAUUGAGAGAGCAUCUCUAUGACACAAAAAGCAAGGCUCAAAAACCAUCAAAGAAGCCUAAAUUGUCAUGGGAGAAAAGGCUUGAGAUUUGCAUUGGCGCGGCAAAGGGCCUUAACUACUUGCACACCAGUUCGUCUGAGGUGAUAAUUCACCGUGAUGUCAAGUCGACAAACAUCUUGCUAGAUGAGAACUAUGUUGCUAAAGUUGCUGAUUUUGGACUUUCUAAGGCAGGUCCUCCUGAUCCCAACAAUGAGAGUAUUGACCUCAAAGGAAGCUUCGGUUAUUUUGAUCCCGAGUAUAUUAGUUCCUCACAAUACACGGUCAAAUCCGAUGUUUACUCUUUCGGGGUCGUACUUCUUGAGGUCCUUUGUGCUAGACCAGCUAUUUUCACUCUCUCUGAAGAGCAGGACAAUGUGAGCUUAGCUAAAUGGUGGAUGCCUUGGAGACGAAAAGGGCAGCUAGAGAAGAUCAUAGAUCCUUUGCUGGUGGGCGAAAUCAACCCCAAAUCGUUGAGGGUAGUUGGUAACGUAGCCGAGAUGUGCUUGAAGGAAAGUGGAUCUGAGAGGCCUACAAUGCAAGAGGUGGAAUGGCACUUGACCUAUGCAUUGCAGCUUCAGAGAAAUGAAACAACAGAAGGGCCUUUUCAGGACACAACUACUACUAAUGCUUCUCUUGAGUCUGCACUAGGAAUGCCUUCUUAUACUUUCCAUUUUGGAGAAGAUGUUGAUGAUGAUGAAACCUUUGGAGUUUCUGGUUAUUCAAUCACUACUUCUGGUCAACCAUUCUUGUCCUGAUCAUGAUUUAAGGCUAAUUUGUGUUUGUUGUAUGUAGCUUUUAAAGUUUACUUUCACUGGUUUAGAUGUCAAUCACUCUUUGGAAAGGGGGGGAAAAAAAAAAAAGAAAAAAAGUCCUACCCGAAAUUCGGUAAAUGUGUGCUGAUUUUUGUGACAAAGUAGUUUGUGACUACAAAUUUGUUUAAAAAAAUUAUUCUAGAGAAUCUAGAAUGAAUCCGACAUCCUUAAUGUAAUCAUAUGUGUGCUUGUUUGAUGAUAAAAUCAACUGCUUUUUGAGUUGUAAGUCAUAUCGCUUGAAUCUAUUUGU